AGUUCAGUCACUUUCCAAGUCAGCUGAAGGCAAGAGGAAGCACUAGAGAGAGCCCUUACUUCAGUGGGUCUCUGAGGUUUAUAGACUUGGCUUGCUAGAAAUCUCAAGGAGAUGAUGGCAGGAAUGAAAAUCCAGCUGGCAUGCAUGAUACUCCUGGCUUUCAGCUCCUGGAGUCUGUGCUCAGAUUCAGAAGAGGAAAUGAAAGCACUGGAAGCAGAUUUAUUGACCAAUAUGCAUACAUCAAAGAUCAGUAAGGCAAGGGUUCCAUCUUGGAAAAUGACCCUGCUAAAUAUUUGCAGUCUGAUAAAUAACCUCAACAGCCAAGCUGAGGAAACAGAGGAGUUUCGUGAAGAGGACCUUAUUACAAGAAGGAAAUUCCCCACUGCUUUAGAUGGCUUUAGCUUGGAAGCAAUGUUGACAGUAUACCAGAUCCGAAAUAUCUGUCACAGCAGGGCCUUUCAACACUGGGAGUUAAUUCAGGAAGAUGUUCUUGAAAAUGGAAAUGACAAAAAUGAAAAGGAAGAAGUUAUAAAGAGAAAAAUUCCUUACAUUCUGAAACGACAGCUAUAUGAGAAUAAACCCAGAAGACCUUACAUACUCAAAAGAGGUUCUUACUACUACUGAGAGAAUAUUUGUUUACAUGUGAUUGUGACUUAUCAUUCUUUAAUUAAAUAUCAAAUUAUAUUUGUGUGGAAAUGUGACAAAACAGAAUUAUUUUGUCUCUGCUACAUUGUGGUUUAUUGGAUGUGAUUUUUCUGCAUUAAUAUAAAUUGGGCUAAAUGUUUUCAAAUAAAUCUAGAUCUUGA